AUGCACUCAGCCUCGGUGGCGGUUUUGCUGCUCCUGGCCUGGGGGCCAGCUAACACCAGGAGUCAAGAGUCAGAGUUUUCAGAAGUUGAUCAGAACAGCACAGCAGAGAGCCCGUUCCUGGGCACCGCCCGCGACGCGCUGGCGUGCCCGGCCGUGUGCCCGGCCUGCCCCGGCUGCCCGGCGUGCCCCGCCGCGCCCGCGUGCGCGCGCCACAUCCCGCCCGGCUACAGGCAGUACGGGGACCUGGGAUACUACAAGAUGCACUACGAGAGCAAGAACUGGAACGAGGCCAAAGCCUCCUGCGAGGACGAGGGCGGCUACCUCGUCGUCCUCGACUCCCCGGAUGAAGCUAAUUUGGCUAGCGGCUUUUUGAACAAGUACAAUCUUUCUACUAAACUGCACAUAGGGAUGUUUGAUGUGACCACGAAAGGAACAUUCAUAACUGUGUUAGGUGAUGACGUGUCGUCGACGGGCUAUGACAUGUGGGCACCGGGCGAGCCCAACCACUUGGGCUUGAACAUCGAGAACUGCGGCACCCUCGAACCCAACCUAGGGAUCAACGACGAGUGGUGUACGAGCGUCUAUCCCUUCCUGUGCGAGCUCUUCACGUGA